AUCGCAACAACAGCAAAAUGUCAGUUACGCUACAUACUACCCAUGGAGACCUCAAGGUCGAAAUCUUUUGCGAAACCGUUCCCCAAACUGCAGAGAACUUUCUCGCAUUAUGCGCGUGCGGCGCAUACAACGACACACCGUUCCACCGUUUCAUGCCCGGAUUCAUGAUCCAAGGCGGCGACAUCUCUCUCAGUCCCGCAGCAACUUCUCCAGACAGCCACAUCCUACCAUUUGACGACAUACCAAAAGGCGGUACCUCGAUAAACCACCCGUCCGCCCUGAAUCAGGAAAUACGUAUACCAGCACUACGACAUAAUGCGCGUGGCGUCCUGUCCAUGGCCUCGAGACCGGUAAAAGACCGGACAGCUCCCGGAAUGCAAAACGCCUCCGGACCUACGGUCAACGGUAGUCAGUUCUUUAUAACUUUUGCUCCAGCAACACAUCUCGAUGGUGAAAGUACUGUGUUCGGCAGAGUACUGAACCUGACGGCUCAGGAUGAAGGCGGUGAUGUGCUGGGAAUAUUGGAAAAGGCAAAUGUGAAAGUUGACAAGAAAGGGCGCGUCGUGCAGCCUAAGGACGGGCAGGAGAUUGAAGGCGAAUGGGAGGCAUUAAAGUUAAGAUCGGUUACGAUACAUGCCAAUCCAUUUGCAAAGUGAGCGAACAUCCAUAUCCGGAUGCACAAAAGAGUCGUCUAAAUAUAGAUGGACACACAACCAUUUCAAGCAAGUUCAGUC